CAGGCAGACAUCACGCAUUGACUACGCCGGCGGGAACACGCCAGACCGACUUCCACACUCCUCCCCAGCACAUCGCGCCGGCCAUUGAGGCCCCUAAAACCGCCCAUCAUGCCCGCCUACCACUCCGUCUUCCUCGACGAGCCGAAUCAACAACUCGCAGGCAACUUCGCCCUCCUCCCCCUCCGCACCAAAACCAGAGGCCCCGCACAACAACUGCCCGCCCUUGCACCAGGCACAUCGGACCUCGACCUCGAACCCUCAAACCCCUCCUACGACCCACUCGACGAGGUCCUCUCGCUCUUCCGCGCCAACACCUUCUUCCGCAACUUCGAGAUCAAGGGCCCCGCCGACCGCGUGUUGAUCUAUGGCAUCCUCUUCGUCUCCGACAUCCUGACCAAAAUCCGACCGAACAUGCAGCGACGGGAAGCGGAGAAGGCGGUGCUGAAUGUCGCGCUUGACACCAACUUUGCCAUUCCUGGUGAUGCGGGCUUCCCUCUUAACCAGGCCUUUGAGCCGCCGCGGGAUCGGAAUGAGGCGGAAGUGUUGCGGCAGUAUAUUAUGCAGAUGAGGCAGGAGCUGGCGUAUAGGUUGCUGGCGAGGGUGUACGCGGAUGGCACUGGGGUGCCGUCAAAGUGGUGGCUCAGCUAUUCGAAACGGAAAUUCAUGGGCAAGCAGUUAUGAGCAGUGAGUGCGAUGAUGAGCCGCGAUUUCCGGUAUUUCCAUCACGCCGGUCUCCUGGACUGUCCAUUUCUCGAACCAGGGUCGCGAAAAUGGAUCCGUACGGCGGGCUCUGGCCGGAGAGGUAGAUUGUACUAGCCACUGGAUCCAUGGCAGCACAGAAAUGGAAAUCACAUGAAUCUGUUUAUUCCAUACUUCCUUCCUCGCCCAUCUUCAAACUGUGACGAUCAGGCUUGUCCUCCGGUAGCCA